AUGGCGAGAAUUCCGAAAGAGGUCGUCCACCUUCUACGGGAUGAAAAAGCAACCAGUAAGGAGAUUGACGAAGCAUGGAAGGACCUGAAACAGUAUCUUGAAAACGAGGAGGGCACCAACGUGGACUUUAUGCUGUAUCAUGUUGAGCGAAUGGCUCGCAGAAAAGAUCGUCAUCCGCCCUCAGUGCAGAAGCUCAAGCUCGACUGGAAAACUAAAUGCGAGUUCUUUACUGGCUGCAUACUUCAUCUGCAAGAAAGGAAGAAAAUCGAAAAAGAAAUUUGUCAGGCGAAACGGACUCGAGACGAUGAUAUGGACAACGACUCAAGCGAACGGCUGGCAAAGAAGCGAUCCGAUGCAAAAGUUAAGCAAGGGUCUGGUGGAAAGUCAACGAAAUGGAGUCUUCCGCGAGAUAUAAAAUUCGUAGUCAAACAUGACGAACGGAUUCUAACUAUUCUCAGAAUCAAGGUUCUGCACCUAGACAGUUGCCUGCAGCCCUUUAGCGACGAGCCGAUUCCGAUCGAAAGGAUUACGUUGGACAGUAUGAAGUCUGCGCUAAGCAUUCGCCCCUCCUACGAAAACGUGGACAUCGGGAGGAUCAGUUACUACGAGCCUGGAACAAAUGAGCAUAUCUAUAUCGACGACGACAAGAACCUCCACAUAGCAAUUGUUCAAUUCGUUCGGCAUAAAGAGCCUUUCCGAUUCCAUGUAAGCAGUGGCCUUCGUCAAUCUGCGCCCGAGGGCCAUUAUGAUAUGGAACCAUUGACAAAUCCGGACAAGAAUACAAAAGAAAAUGGCUGCAAGGACAAAGCGAAGAACGGCGAUGACCAGAGCCAGAUAUUCAAGGAUGAGCUCGAUGGAUGA